CCAAAUUCUCGUCAGCUACUUUCAACUACUGUAUAGUUGAUGCUCGAUCCUAUUGAUAUUAUACCACAAAAGCUUUGAGGGAGCUCAAAUCUAUACCAUCCUCUCAAUACACAAAGCAUUAUUCUGCCACUAUGCCUAUCUAUCUGAGCAUGCAAAGAGUCCGCUUCUCCAGCCCAGACGCUUACGAGAAGUUCAAGGUUCUCUUCGCCGACACACGUCGCCAUCUUAUGACACUCCCAGGAUUUCUACACCUAACCUGGUGGGAACAUCCUGACGACAGAAGCUGGUACAACGAAUGCAGUUUCUGGACUAGUCGUGGUGCUCUGUACGACUGGCACAAGAAUACCUACCAUAAAUACUGCAAGGAGUGGGCAGCUAACGGGGCUAUUAUGGAGGACAUCAUCACUAAUUUCGAGCUUGUUGGGACAAGACUGCUUCGUGUGUGUCCUGUGUGUAAUCACACUCAGGAUAAAAAGUAUAAUCUUGCUGAGGAGCAGGCUGUUCUUCAUGAACAGUGUCCGCAGUGCGGGUUUCACUUCCCGGUAUUGGAGGAGACACCGUCAAGUUUUGCGGUUUUCAAGGAUGUUCCGGGUAUUCCUAUGCCAGAAGGGGCCCCAAAAGAGGUCGAUGGGAGACACACUGAUGGGAAUAAGGAGUCGAGUGCUUGUCCGAUGUGAUCGCUUGAAGAGACAUGGUGGGAAAGGAGUCGGUAAAUAUCUGUAUGUCUAUGUCAGCUUGAGGUAGUUGAAUUAAGGUUAUCUGCGACAAAG